CUCGCCGCUGCCCACGGCCAGGAUGGAGCAGCAUCGAUCCCCGUUGAUGGGGAUGUCGAUGCUGCCGAGGAGGGGGCCGCCGCCGUCACUGGCUCGGAUUCUGACUCCCAGCAGGAGGAAGACCAGCAUCUGGCGGAUGCGGUGCGUGGAUUGGGACUGACUACGAAGUCGCCCUUCGCACAUGAUCAAUCCGGGAAGGCAAGAAGCACUGGCACGAUCCGGCGAACGCCCUCCACUUCGAGUGAGGACGAUUACGAGGAUGACGAGGUGCUACAGUGGCUGCCAACCGCCGACCUGACAUCGGUGGAUGGAUCGGAGCGCUACUCCGACAUCCGGCAGCUGCUGGCCAGACAGCAGCCGUUCCUCUCGGAGGACCAGCACUCGCUCGGCGGCUCGGAUUGGGCAGUCGGCGAUGGCUACGAUCUGAGCGCCUACAACCAGAUCAACGGUGUGUGGCCUUUGGGUCAUCCGCUGCCCCUGCCUGACUGGACCAGCGGCGAGGGCGAGGCCGGCAAGGGAAACCUGAUCUUCGACAACGUGUGGCAGUACGAGGAGCUGAACGGGAUUGUGGAGAGCACGCUGCAGCGCAUGCUGGAGGAGACCCACUACAACACGGUCAAUCUGUUUGUGGACUUCUACCGUAGCUUCAAGCGCACUCGCCGCUCGGAUCUGCGCAGCUUUUUCCAGUUCUACGACGUGCCCAUCAACCGUCGCCACCACAUGCGCGUCUCGCUGGCCUUUGAGAUCAUGGCCAGGAUGGUGCAGAUGUUCCCGGUGCUGGCGCAGUACUUGUAUGUGGUCUCCUGCGAGGAGCAGGUGAUGGACUGCAAUGACUACGUUCAGCUGGACGAAGAGUACGGCCUAAACUCGGCCAACGCGGCCGUUGAGAAGGAGCACGUAAUGGUGGCCAUGCGUAUAGCCAUAGGAGAGCGUCGUGGCGUCAUGAUUCUCGAUCCAGGGUACCACGUGAGUCGUGAGGUGACUGUAAUGAAGGAUAAGAGCUAUCCACACACUGGUAAGUCUGCUUUACAGAAGUGUAUCGCAGAUUAUUAUACCCGAUACUCAAAACGCAGAAUCAUAGAUAAUGACCAUAUCUAUCAGACCUCGCUGGUCUACGUGGCCCAGGAGUACAUCACGGCCAUCGAUGUGACCGUGCGCCGGAAUCUGGUGUACAACUUCCGGUCGCUGCUCUUGCGCGAUGCCAAGGGCCAGGUGUAUGCGGGUAUCUACUUCCCGCUGGUGGCCAACGUGCAGGAGUCGUAUCUGACCAUCUUCUACGACGGACCCAACGAGCAGAGGGUGCGGACGAAGCUGAUGUUCAGCGGCUUCAAAGUGGGCAAAGGUAAGCUACCAGACUCCAUAAGCCACCAUUUGGGGAAGCUGGCACCGCAGCUGAAGAUGCCGUUGCAGGAGCUCACGGAGCUGUGCAAAGCCCUGGCCGAGGUGGUCACCGAUCAGAACUUUAUCGGCCAGGUGCUGUCCAUCAACGACGACAUCGGCAACAUGUCCGUGGAGAAUUGACGGUUAAAGGAGCCUAAGGAUGUCGCUGCAAGUCCCGAAGAGAUGGAGAAAGACCUUGACACAGCAGCUGCAACUUAGAGUUCCAAAUCUAAAUACUUUAUCCUUUCCACACAGUAAUAUUCUUUUAGUAGCACCUAAACACACCCC